CGCUCGGUGGAGAUUUCCGCGGAGAUUCCGGAGAUUCCCACGGUGUGGGGCGGUGUGGGGAUUGAUGUGAUGGGAUGGGCGGUGUCUGCAACGAGUAGUUAGGUUAUUUAUUUUUACCUUUUACACAUUUCUGCUACCUAUUUGCUGGUAAUCAUACAGAAGAGAUAAGAGUUAGGUAUUCCUACAAAGCAUAAUGAAGCUGCUUCUUUUGGCUGUUUUUUGUGCUUUCUUUCAACCUAUACAUUCAACAUGGUGUGACAAUCCUUUGAUGGAGGGCUCUGAAAUAGUUGCUACAUCAUCUCUGUCUGGAAAGGAAGCCAAAGAAGCAAGGCUUUUUGGCGACAGCGCAUGGACGGCGCGUUUCUCCAAUGUCGGCCAGAGCAUCACGGUCGACCUGGGGGAGGUGUACCGGAUCACGCGAGUGGCCACGCAGGGGCGCCGGCACUCGCGCGAGUUCGUGCGCCAGUACAGCCUCCAGUACGGCUUCAACGGCCGGGACUUCAUGGACUACCGCGGCCCGCACGGCGGCGCCUGGGGGUUCCAAGCCAACACGAACGACAACUCAGUGGUCUCGAACCGACUCGAGGUGCCCGUGGUGGCCCAGUAUAUCCGAAUACGGCCCACGCGCUGGAACGAGCGCAUGUCGCUGCGAAUGGAGCUCUACGGGUGCACGUUCACGGCCACCACCAUGUACUUCACCGGUGAGGCGUUCGUAGAGAAGGACCUGUCGCGUCACCAGGUGCACUCGUACCGGGACUCGAUCCAGUUUCGGUUCCGCACCGACCGCGCCAACGGCGUGCUCAUGUACAGCCGCGGCGCGCAGGGGGACCUGUUCGCGGUGCAGCUGGUGCGCGACAAGCUGCUGCUGCUCAUCGACCUCGGCUCUGGCCGUCCGACGUCGCUGUCGGUGGGCUCGCUGCUGGAUGACCACCUAUGGCACGACGUGUCCAUCGAGCGCCACGAGCGGGACGUCAGUCUCACCGUGGACCGAGUUCGAGUGACCACGGAGAUCAGCGGCGAGUUCCGCCGACUGGACCUCAACAGCAAGUUUUACCUGGGCGGCGUUCCAUACAUCAAGGACGGUGUCCAAGUGUUCAGCAACUUCACCGGCUGCAUCGAGAACUUCUACCUCAACAGCUCCAACUUCAUCGCCGAGCUGCGCCAGGGUAACCGGGACGACUUCAGCAGCUAUGGAGCGCUGGCCAACUGCCCGGCGGUGCACGUGGUGCCGCUCACCUUCCAGGACCGCGGCGCGCACAUCAAGGUGGUCGGCAACGAGGGGCAGACGACUCUCAACAUCUCCUUCUCGUUCCGCACCUACGAGAGGGAUGGCAUGCUGGCCUUCCACAACUUCCUCAGCGACGGAUACGUCAAGGUGUACCUGCAGGCGGGCCGGUUCAAGGUGGCCAUCAUGACCACGGGCAUGAAGCAGCCGGUGGUGCUGGACGCGUUCGAGCAGCGCUACAACGACGGCAGCUGGCACGCGGCCAUCGUGGCGCUGGCCACCAACCGAGCCACCACCAUCCUGGACGGCUACCCGACCGAGACGCGACGACUCAUGAAGUUCACCACCGGCUUCGAGUACCUGUUCGGGGGCGGUCUGCCCGGUUCGGAGAACCCCGGCUUCCUGGGCUGCAUCAGGAGUAUAUCUGCCGGCGGUAACGAGCACAGUCCACUACAGCUGGGACCACAGAACAUGAUGAAGUCGGAGUUCAUUCUGAUCGACGCCUGCGACAUGGAGGACCGGUGUAACCCGAACCCGUGCGAGCACGGCGGCCUGUGCACCCAAACCUCUCAGGAGUUUGUGUGUGACUGCAGCGGCACGGGCUACACGGGCGCCGUCUGCCAUGCCGCGACCAACCCGCUGUCGUGCGCCCAGUACUUUAUGCACAACCGGGGCUCGCGGCGCGCGCGGGUGGCCAUUGACGUGGACGGCUCGGGUCCGCUGGCCGCCUUCCCGGUCAGCUGUGUGCUGACGCCCGAGGGCCAGGUGGAGACCCACCUCGACCACGACGCGCUCGGCGACCAGAUCGUGGACGGCUUCGACCGGCGCGGCAGCUACGUGCGAAACAUCGACUACGACGCCGACAUGCGCCAGAUUGACCGUCUGAUCAACGGCUCGCUGAGCUGUCGUCAGCAGCUGUUUUACGCGUGCUACAACGCGCGCCUGUUUAACUCGCCCGUGCGACUAGACGAGCCGUUCGAGCCGUACUCGUGGUGGGUGUCGCGCAACAAUGAGAUGAUGGACUACUGGGGCGGCUCUCAGCCCGGCAGCAGAAAGUGCGCCUGCGGCAUACAGGGCACCUGCAUCGACCGCGCCAAGGACUGCAACUGCGAUGCCGGUGUGGCGGAGACGGCCGACGGCGGCGACCUGAUGUUCAAGGAGGACCUGCCCGUCAGACGGGUGCACUUUGGCGACACGGGCGCGCCCGGCGACUCGCGCAGAGGCACCUACCGGGUCGGCUCGCUGGUCUGCGAGGGAGAUGCUGUGUUUGACAACACAGUCACGUUCCGGCUCUCCGACGCCACCAUCGACCUGCCGCCCAUCGAGAUGGGCUACAGCGGCGACAUCUUCUUCGAGUUCCGCACCACCAAGGAGUCGGGCACCUUCCUGCACGUCGAGGGACCCGAGGACUUCCUCAAGGUCUCCAUCGUCGGCGGUAACUCGAUCCAGCUGGAGUACCGGGUGGGCUCGAUCCCACUCAGCGUCACGGUCGAGGUCAGCAGCCGGCUCAACGACGACCGCUGGCACUCUGUGUUUGUCGAGCGGAACCGCAAGCAGGCGCGCGUGCUGCUCGACAACUCGCUGCACAAGCACACCGACGAGCCUGAGGGACCCGUGCGGCCGAUCAAACUCACCUCCAAACUGAUCGUCGGCGCCAACACCAAGUACUCGAACGGCUUCGUGGGCUGCAUGCGCGCCCUGAUGGUGAACGGCCGGCUGCAGAACCUGAAGUACCUGGCAGAGCGCGGUGUGUGGUCGAGCGCGCGCCACGGCAGCGUGUACCGCGGCCCGCUGUACGGCGUCUCGGUCGGCUGUCAGGGCAAGUGCGCCAGCUCCCCGUGCCUCAACAACGGCACCUGUAUCGAGGGCUACUCGGACUACGAGUGCAACUGCCGCUGGACGGCGUUCAAGGGACCCAUCUGCGCAGACGAGAUCGGCGUGAGCAUGACGCGCAGCUACAUGAUCAAGUACGAGCUGGAGGGCAGCUACAAGUCCACCAUCGCCGAGAACAUCCGGGUCGGCUUCACCACCACCAGUCCGUCGGGCUUCCUGAUGGGCCUCAUCUCCAGCGUCACACAGGAGUUCAUGACCAUCAUGAUUUCCAACAGUGGAAGCCUCCGCGUGGUGUUCGACUUUGGCUUCGAGCGGCGCGACGUGGUGUACCCAGAGCGCAUCUUCAACGAGGGCCAGUUCCACGACGUGCGCGUGCGCCGACUGAACGGCGGCUCCACGCUCGAGAUACAGGUGGACGACUACCCAGCCUACCAGGAGACGUUCAACGUCAACCCAUCUGCCGACGUCCAGUUCAACAACAUCCAGUACCUGUACAUCGGCAAAAACGAGUCGAUGCAGGAGGGCUUCGUCGGCUGCAUCAGUCGCGUCGAGUUUGACGACAUAUACCCGCUGAAGCUCAUGUUCCAGGAGAACCGGCCUUCCAACAUCAACGGCAGCUCGCCCAAGAUCCACGAGGACUACUGCGGUAUCGAGCCGGUGCGUCACCCAGAGGAGGAGCAGGAGCAGCGGCCGCCGCCCGAGGUCGACGAGGACAUCGUCAGCUCGCUCUACAACGACAUCAACUUCGCCGUGCUCGGAGGUAUUCUGGCGGCACUGCUGCUGCUGGCGCUCCUCAUCACCAUCAUGGUGGUGCGACGACUCUCCCGGCGCAAGGGCGACUACAUGACCCGCGAGGACGCCGGCGCCAGCGACGCAGAGGACGCGGACGAGGCCGUCACGCAGGGCGAGACGGGCGCCCAGGUGCAGAAAAUGCGCGAGUUCUUUAUCUGAGCUGACCGCGGAGUGGCCGGUGCCGGCCGUCCGAACUGAGAGGACGGCCUCGAGGGGUACGCUGGACAGUGCGGUACGAGCUCCGGGCCGCGGCUGUGUAUUGGAUGGACCUCCAGAGAUGCGCUGGACUGUGUUGUGAGCGUUUCGGAGCCGCGGCGGUGUGGGGCUGGGCCCUAUGGUCGCGGCUGUGUUGGCCCGUCCCUGGUGACCUGCCGCCUCGUCAGUCAGUCGGCGGGUCGGGGCCGGCCCGGUCGGCCGCCGGCGCUCUCCGCCCCGCCCCGCCCGGCGCCGGCCGCCGUUUUUGCGCCGCUGGCCGCGCCUCUGGGGAGCUGGCCGGCGGCGGCGAGUCAUUGCAGUGCAUCGGCCGCGAUCGGCGCGGCGCUGCGCCGUUUUUGCCGCCGUCGCUGAGUGCGUUCCGGACGGGCCGCGCGCGGCGUGGCCUUUUUACGGCCGGCCGGCGGGAGAUGGGCCGGAGCCGCCCGUGUCUGCUGCUGCUGCCGGUGGGCGGUCGUUGUGCUUCUACUGGGCACUUGGCCUGUGUACUGGCCAGCUGAUGUGGGCAUGACGGAUAAGAGGCUCGUUUUAGGUCGCGCUGGUUGAUGUGUCUUGUGUGAGUGGCAAGAUUGUAAGGUGAUCGAUAAGUCCGUCCAGUCAUACUUCCAUGUAUGUACCGGAAGUUAACGAGUCCGUCCUGUUGUGCGGGACCUGCUUAGCGGCCCAGCUGUGCCGGUGUUCUUUGUCAGAUUUGAAGACUUAUGUCAUGUUGUUUGCGUUGAGGCGAUGAUCGCCCGUUAUACGUAUCGAAUUGACGGUCACAUCAUACCUUUUACUCGAGUGCCUCCCAUGAUCGUACAACUGUACAUACAUCGAUCAAAAUGACUUCUCGCUCCUAUAUUUUGUAUAAGAUCAUGUUUUCCGGUGGUUUUCUGCAAUGUCUGCUGUUGUUGAUCAUAUGUCUACUCGCAUUACCUUGUGAUGUGCUGUUGUGACCCCGGCUCUGUCCCCGGAAGCUGCUUCAUUAGCCCGCCCAAGGUC